UCCAAGUUUCAACUUGGUGGACUUAACAUCAUUCCAUAUUCUUGGUCUUCCGGAGAAAUGAAAAUUUUAAGGAAUCAUACCCCAUGUUUUCUUCUCUUCUUAUUAUCAUUCAGAACCCAUGUUCCAGUUUUUGCAGCUGACAGAAUCACUUUAGGUGAAUCAUUAACUGGAAAUCAAACAAUCAUAUCAAGAGGUGGAAACUUUGAAUUGGGUUUCUUCAAACCAGGUAAGUCUCAGAGUCAUUACAUUGGUAUAUGGUACAAAAAACUCUCAGGUCAGAGUCAGACUGUUGUUUGGGUUGCUAAUAGAGAUAAACCUCUGCUUGAUCCCUCUACUUCAAAGUUAAUACUUUUGGGAAAUGGAAAUUUAGUCAUAACUAAUCAAACUGAGAAAUCACCACCAAUUUGGUCUACUAAUUCUCUGAAUGCAACUGAAGCAGUUCUUGGUGAUGAUGCGAAUCUUGUUUUAAGAGAUGGGUCUAAUCCAUCUCUUGUCAUCUGGCAGGGUUUUGAUUACCCAACUGAUACUUACUUACCUGGUGGAAGAAUUGGGUUCAACAAGAACACUAAGAAAACCUGGUUACUUACUUCAUGGAGAAAUCAAGAAGAUCCAGCUCCAGGAAUUUUCACACUAGAAUUAAACCUGGAACAAGGCAAACUUUUAUAAGAUGGAAUAAAUCAGUACAAGUUUGGACAACUGGGGAGUGGAGUGAAAUCAAUGAAUCAUAUCCUUUAAUUCCUAUGAACAUGACUGGAAAUUACAUUGUCAAUGAAAGUUUCAUUUCAAAUGUAAAUGAGAGUUACUUAACUUAUACUCUUUUUAAUAGUUCGAUUCUUAAUCGAAUAGUGAUGGAUGUUUCUGGCCAACUCAAGCAAUAUACAUGGACAAACAUGAUGAAGAAGGCGAAUUUGUUUUUGUCUGUACCAGAACAAAUCUGUGAUGUUUAUGGUGUAUGUGGACCUUUUGGCAACUGUAACCAGGACACAAUGAAGUGCGACUGCUUACCCGGUUUUAUCCAACGGUCUCCUUCAGAUUGGAAUCUCCAGGAUUCAACUGGUGGGUGUGUAAGAAAUAUUUCUUUGCAGUGUGGGAAGAAAGAUGGGUUUUCGCCAAUGUCAACCUCGAAUUUGCCAGACAAUCCCUAUUCUCCACAAGUCAGUAGCGCUGAAGAGUGCAAAGAUGCUUGUGAAAGCACAUGUACUUGCAAUGCUUAUGCUUACCGAGACUCUAAGUGUCAGUUGUGGGAUGGAGAUAUGUUGGAUGUCAAACAACAGUCAGAUGGUAGAGCAGGAAUCUCUAUCUCAAACUUUCAGCUUCAGAAAUCCGCAGUUCCGCUCAAGUCAGAAAGAGAAAGACAGGAAUCUGGAAGGUCAUUGUACCUGUUUUCAUUUUGGUGGCAACUCUGAUGGGCGUGUUAGGAUACAUUUAUCUGUUCAGGAGGAAUAAGACUAGUAGGAAUGGAAAACCGAAACAACUCCAAAGGGUGUUGCCUGAUUUUUAGAAAACCAAGGAUAUCUACAACGAUGUAACUCUGGAUACAAACUUGUUUAACAAUGGUAAAACGGAAGAAGAAACGGGGGAAUUGCAGAUAUUUGACCCUGC